ACUCUAACCCCCAUUCCAUCCAAAUUGAAUAGCUAGUGGUUGCAAAUGUAGCCUCUGAAAAUUGUGUCCGUUGUUUGUCGUUCUUUUGAAUAUGUAGUUUGAGUAUGAAAUUAUUUUCUUAAAAUCCGGUCUCUUAAAUCCUCACAUUUUCAGCUUGAAGUUAAGUUAAUCGAAACGCCCGGUGUUAUAAUCAUGGAUAGGGAAGUACUGGAGGGCUCUGUGAAUUUGAAAGUCGGGGAGUACAUCUUUGAGUGUGACCGAAAAGAGUUAGCUUCAAAUAGUCCUUAUUUUCAUGCUAUGUUCAGUGGGAAUUUUGCUGAAAAGUCACAAUCCGAAAUUCAACUCAAUGACAUUGAUUUCACUUGUUUGGCAACCAUCUUACUUGCUAGCAAAGGAGAAGGAAUUGAUUGGUCUGUCAGCGAAGAUGACUUGAUAUCAACAUUGGCUACAGCACAUAUGCUUCAGUUUGAUGCGGUGGAGGAGCAGAUAAUUCAUUACAUAACUCACAGCUGGCUGAGUGUAGAAAACUGUCUGAAAGUGAUGCAGAUAACGGAUAAGUUGAGUCUCACAAAACUGCACAGAAAAGCCAAACUUCUCGCUGUAAACAAUGUGAAUUUGGUCAUUAAGAGUCGUUCAUUUUUAGAGCAACCUUUGAAAGAAGUCCUUGAGUAUUUAAGUGAGGAAAGUUUGAAUAUUGACAACGAAAAAAUCAUUUGCGAAGGAGUCAUAAAUUGGAUCAGUGCUGAUUACAAUGCCAGAUUUGUUUAUGUCAAAGAUCUGCUGACAGUCAUCAGGUUCAGUCAAUUAUCAUCUAAAAUAAUAUACGAAUACCUUUUGAUGUCAAUCCUGAAAAAGAUCCCAUACGCUAAGUCUCUGCUUCAGUGUAUAGCCUUCAAGCUCUCCCCAAAUUGCGAUCAAGCGGUUUGGACACAGAACUUCGGUGAGAACUUUCGGAAAGCAGCAAUUGAACAUCUUUCUCUACCGAGCAGGAAAGGCUCACUAGUCCCAUGUAUUGUUGGAGGAAUUCUUAACAAAAACCAAUGUGCUGAUGUCAAGAUGAAACCGUUUGAUGAAAAAUCGCUUCUGUAUGACAAUUUCCUCUUUUACUGGAUCGAAGAUGGUGCCAGGCCAGUUAUUCCGUUAAAUUCUGUGAUGCCGUCCAAUUUAGAGGGAGCUCGAAUCGUCCGCAAAGAUAUGCAUCUUUACCUUGUCGGAGGAGAGUAUAAGAUUGGAAGUGGUAUCUGGAAUAAUGAAAUCAGAAGCUACAAUAUAGGCUCGGAGACUUGGAAAAAAGUUACAGUACUGCCAAAACCCAGGAGACAUCAAGGAACUUGUAUCAUUGAUGAUGAACUUUUCAUUAUCGGAGGCAUGAGUAAAUACCGGGUUCAAGUAGAUCUUGUCGACAUAUAUAAUCUGCAAACAGAUAUGUGGAGUCAGUGCCCAGCAUUGCCUUCUAACUGUAAUUCUUCGGUCCCAUGGUGCGUGCACAAGAAGAAUAUUUUCCUUUUUUGUGCUGACUAUACGGUUCAUUGCCUUCCACCACCUCGCGCUGUCUGGGUUUCACUGAAGAAGAAAAUGAACUUUUUAACCACUGCUGCCGUGUCAGAUGGCCGUUUCAUUUAUCUUAUCGGUUCCAUUCCAUCACGAGAGAAACUCUUCAUGUAUCGACUGGAUCCAGAUUCGCCAGAUGAAGACAUCAUUUGUGUAGGACAGCUGACCAGCCGAGGAUGCACGAGCGCCUGCGUCGUCAGCAACGUCAUUUAUUGUUUCACCAAGAGCGAGACAACGGUAAAUCAAAGCCCGGCGAGCAAUGAAUUGGGUGGUGACUACCUGUUUAUGGAAACCUACAACAUAAUAACCAGUAGGUUCACGAAUCCCCACACGAUUAAAUUGGACAAGCUCACAUUUUUCCCGUCUGUUGGCUGCUUCAGUAUACCUCAUAUUUCGUGAUGUGUAUGUGCACUCAACUAAGCCAGGUCAGUUGAAAGAUAUUGAUUCAUUCAAGUCGCAGAAUUUAAGUCAAAUCAAUUGCAAACUGAUUUUUCACUUCUCAAUGGUUAAAUUACAGGACCAUGUAUCUCAGUGUGCAGUAUUUCCGAUACACCGCCGUAUCUUAGUUUUUUAACUCAUCCCUUUAUGCUCCUUCCUUGCUAAAAUCAGUAACUCUGUAUACCUUUGGUUCUUGAGCUUAUCUAAUGAUCCUAAAAUUGGAAAUACCUAGCAACCUUAACUCUUUCACUCAACUUAUAUGAACUGUAUCUUAAAAGGAAUAUGUCUGUUUUCAACAUCGCUACAUCUGUCUGUUUUCUGCAUAGCUAGUAUUCUUAUGUUGCGUAAUAACUUGUUCAUAUACUUAAUUUUUUUAUGCCUCAUUUACUUCAUAGAAUAACCAAGAGCAGCUGUUAAAAAUCCUCUACAUUGUCUAUUAAAAACUGUCAAAAACAAGGAACGGUAAAAUCAGUCAAAAUUAUGGAAAGAAUGAAGGUGAAGAAUAUAGGCACAAUGAAAUCAAAUCAUUGGGCAUGGAGGAAAAUAACUGUUAGAACAUCGGUCAGGUCUUAGUCUUAAUUUUUUUUUUUUUUUCACUUUAAUGUCUGUAAGUACAUUAUGUCUUCUGGCAUAAAAUGCCCUAUCCUGGAAAAUGCUGCCUAAAAAUGUAAAAGUAAUUUUUUAAAGAUAUAAAAUACGACUGGAAAUUUUGAAGUACUGCGAUUGGCACAUGUGGUCCUGUUCUUUCACCGAUGACCUGUAUCAUAACUUUAUUUAUAAUUUUGGAACUAUUGCUGCUAUUUUUUUUAGUGAUUUUUGGGAGUCCCCCGUUUUUGUAUCCUUUUUUUGUUUUAUUUCUGGAAAAUUGGACUUGUAAUUAAGAUUUUUAGCAAAUUUUUAUAGACUUUUUAGGGAAUUGUGUUUUUUUGCAAUUUUGUGGCUUGGUGAUGCUUUUCGUCAAAUGUGAUCACUGCCUAAAUUUCAUUAUUAAAUACUAGUCAUUAUUAUCCCACAGUCAACAAUUUGCUAGAGCCUGAUGCUUGAGGAUUUAAUUCCUCCAGAAGAAUCCAAUGUUGCCAGCAUGUUUAAUCAUGCUCUUAAUUGCUCAUUUUGUUGUCUCCCGAAAGAACAGACCCUGUUUGCACUGUCUCAACAUUUCUUGGAACAUUUUAUUUUUGCAUGAGAGAACCAUCGCAAGAAUUAAUCUAAAACCUCAGAAUCUGUUCCGUGAAAGGUAAAGAAAAAUUACUACAAAACAUUUCAGAAAAAUUCAUGUAAAGAUUUUUGUACAAACAAAUGAUCUAUCAGUUAAAAAUACUGAAAAAGCGUACCGGAGAUACGCUCCUUUGUGUGGGAGACAACAAUCUACUUGUGAGUUAAUCAUGUAUAUUGUUUUGUGAGAAUGCUUCUGGAGGAAAGAAAUCUCAACUUAAAGUUCUAAAAAAUUCCUGCAUCGAGAUUUUCAUUAUUUCCUCCGGCAGGAAAAAGAUCCACUUGAUUUAAAUCUGCUGCCCACAGCAGACUUAAGUCUCCUAGAUAAUUUUUUUUUAUUUUAGGUAUAAGAUUAACUUAUAUGCAAGGGGGGUAUCAAAACUUCUUUGACAGGAAAAUAUCUAUUCAAUUUAUUGCUCAAGGCCUCAUUUUAAUUUGUUUAAAUGUAUGUGAUUGGCUCAGUGGAAAAGACCAUAUCUUUCAUCAAAAACUUUCUCCUGAACAAGCUCUCGAGAAAGUGUUUGAAAUCAGCAAAAUUUAAUCGUGGCUAGAUCUGAGAGAAGGUACGUUAGCGCUUAGGAGGAAAUUUUUCUCAACUUCUGGCAAACUCUAAUGACUUUUUUAUACCUUGAUAGAAUUUGUGUCCCGGACUAACCUUCAACUUUCGAGAUUUUAGGAUCAAACAUGCGCCAAAAUUUCCAGAUUUUUUCCUUCCUUGCAUUUGUAAAAAGUUAA